UUGCACCAGCUGGGGAUCAGAGCAGAAAGAAAGAGCACAAGAGUCAACAUGGCACGCAAAUAGCAGCUCCUGCCAUCUUGCGGAGCUGUGCCAGGGAGGUGUUGGACGAAGGGGGACCCCGCAGGGAGAACCCGGCAGAAUGAGGAAGUUCUGUGUCUGGUUCUGACACCAUGAAGGGCUACCAUGGGGAGCGCAGCCAAUCACAAAGCUCCACAGGGCAUCCUUGUCACUGCAUCCCGGAGGACUGUGACCAGCCCCUGGAUUACAUCCGCCACGGCCAGGAAUCCAGGCAGUCGUUCCUCCUCAGCCCCAGCGAGUCUUGUUCUUUGGACCACCGCUACUGCCCCUCUCGGAGCCCCGGGAUCCCCGCCGAGUGCUCGGGCGGGCCGCUGAGCCUGAGCGAGCCGCUCUCCGCCAGCAGCAGCAGCACCUUCCCCAGGAUGCCCCACCCGCUGCCGCAGUACGACUCCUGUGACGAGUGCAUGGCGGCCACCCACCCCUCCAGCAAGAUCAACCGCCUGCCCCCCAACCUGCUGGACCAGUUUGAGAAGCAGCUGCCGCUGCACCAUGACGGCUUCCACACGCUGCAGUACCAGCGGGCCAGCACCACGGAGCAGCGCAGCGAAAGCCCCAGCCGCAUCCGCCACCUGGUCCACUCCGUCCAGAAGCUCUUCGCCAAGUCUCACUCCCUGGAGGCGCCGGCCAAGCGGGAGUACAACGGCACCAAGGCGGAGGGCCGGGGGACGGGCCGGCACGGCAAGCGGAGCAAGAGCAAAGACCGCAAGCUGGACUCCCGGCACCGGCCCAAGAUGAUGGGCUGGUGGAGCUCUGAUGACAACCUGGACAGCGACAGCAGCUACAUGGUGUCUGGCCGGCACGCCGUGGACCAGGCCACCCAGUACUGCAUGGACGCGCCCGAAAGUGCCUUCAGAGACUUGAGCUUGAAGAGUCUCAAGACCGGGGGGGAGGGCAAGUGCCUGGCCUGUGCCGGCAUGUCCAUGUCGCUGGACGGCCAGACGCUGAAGAGGAGUGCCUGGCACACCAUGACGGUCAGCCAAGCCCGGGAGGCGUAUCCCAGCUCGGGAGGCAGCCAGGACAAAGGCUUGGCCCUUCCGGAGGCAAAGGCCAAAGACAGAGGCUACCAUUACCUUCAGGUGCCGCAGGACGAGUGGAGCGCCUACCCCGGGGCGGGGAAGGACGGCGAGAUCCCCUGCCGGCGGAUGCGGAGCGGCAGGCCCGGCUGCUUCCGCAUGCGGAGCCACAGCUACCUGCGGGCCAUCCAGGCGGGCUGCUCGCAGGACGACGACUGCCUCUCGCUCUUCUCCAUGUCUGCCCCGCCCAGGCCAGCCAUCACCAGCAGCAUCCUGAAGCCCAGCACCUCCUUCAGCUACAGAAAAGCGCCGCCUCCUAUCCCUGCAGGAAUGAAAGCCAAGCCCCUCAUCUCGAUCACGGCACAGAGCAGCACUGAGUCCACCCAUGAAAGCUACCUCCCCAGCGAGGUUGCCCGGAGCCCCUCGUGGUCCAAAGACGCCGCGGCUCGCUGCAACUCCACGGAGAGCUUGGAGAGCUCCAAGGUGACCGCCCUCUCCUUGGAUCUGCCACCAGUCCAGCCCAGGGGCUCUUCCAAGCCAUCCACACUCAUCAUCAAGGCCAUCCCAGGCAGGGAAGAGCUGAGGAGCUUGGCACGGCAGAGGAAAUGGCGCCCGUCCAUUGGAGUUCAGGUGGAGACGAUCUCUGAUUCCGACACAGAAAGCAGGAGCCAGAGGGAAUUCCACUCCAUCGGGGUGCAAGUGGAAGAAGACAAAAGGUACGGCUGGUUAAAUGCAGCUUUUAUCGCUGCAUCCCUCCAGGAGCAAGGCUCAGCGCAGCCCCAGCGCUGGCUUCAUUGUUUUCACACAAUCACGGUGGAGGUGCCCCGGCAGGACUCCUGGAUCGCCCGGGGCUCCCGCAGCCUCCCCGGCUCCGGAAGGGCCUCUCCCUGCCACCGGGACGGGGAGUGGUUCAUUAAGCUACUGCAGGCCGAGGUGGAGAAGAUGGAGGGCUGGUGCCAGCAGAUGGAGCGGGAGGCCGAGGACUAUGACCUGCCAGAGGAGAUUCUGGAGAAGAUCCGGAGCGCCGUGGGCAGCACCCAGCUUCUGAUGUCCCAGAAGGUCCAACAGUUUUUCCGACUCUGCCAGCAGAACAUGGACCCUAAUGCAUUCCCCAUGCCCACCUUUCAAGACCUGGCUGGAUUCUGGGACCUCCUUCAGUUGUCCAUCGAGGACGUCAGCUUGAAGUUUGCGGAGCUUCAACAGCUCAAGGCCAAUGGGUGGAAACUCAUUGAGCCCAAGGAAGAGAAGAAGGUCCCUCCUCCGAUACCAAAGAAGCCACCACGCUCCAAAGUGCACCCCGUGAAAGAACGCUCCCUGGACUCCGUCGACCGGCAGAGGCAGGAAGCCCGGAAGAGGCUCCUGGCGGCCAAGAGAGCAGCCUCCUUCCGUCAGAACUCAGCCACCGAGAGUGCAGACAGUAUCGAGAUCUACAUCCCUGAGGCCCAGACCCGGCUGUGAAGGGAGCCCCGGCUUUUCUACCUGUACUGGACAGAGGGAGUGCACAGCUCACUGUGAUGGCCAGGGCCUGAGCCGCAGGGGCAGCUCUGGGCCCACUCACAGCUUCUCGACUUUUUAUCGUCUCGUGAUUCAUGGAUCCGACGGUGAAUGAACGCAAGCUUGGUUCUGUCCUGCCCUCCUGCCCCUCCCUGCGGGGCCGGCUCCCCCGGGCCCCGAUCCUGCCUGCCCACAAACCCCUUUCCUGGCCUUUCCCCGGCCCUCUCCAUGAGCCCCCUCUCCGCCCUGAACCCUCUUCUGCCCUCCAUCUCCGCUCCUCCGUCUCCUCUUCCUGGCCCAUCUCCCCUGCCCUGCACACUCCCGUGCCCUCCCUUCCGAGCUCUUCUUACCUUUCUCCCUGCAGCUCCCUCUCCUCUAUGUCUCCCCCUCUCCUCUCCUCACACCCUCCUCUUCUUCCACUUCCCCCCUUCCCCCUCCGCACAGCUGAUUGCAGUGGGGGUGGAGGCAGGUCCCCCUUACCCUCCCGUGUGUCCUCUCCCCAUUUCCUCAGAUCAAUGCAAACAAAGCGUCUUUCAGGGGAAGCGCCGCCGAGCUCCUUCCAGCGGGGGAGCCUGUGCCAAAGCCACCAUUCCCAGCAGCCCGGCGGGCCGGCUUCCCUUGCUGGCAUGAGGCUUCGGGCCAUGGCAGGCACGAGGGGCGGUCUCUCCAUGCACCCCAGCCAUGGUUCGCUCUCACCCCUGCCUCUGGCCUGGGCACCUCGGGGAAUCCAGGGUCAUAGACCUCUAUACAUAUAUACAUAUAAUCGAAGGAAUAAAACAAAAACUACACAUGACCACAGCUGUGUUCCUGCUGGUGAGACUGGGAUAUCAGAUCAUCAGGAAUUCCGUGGCAGCAGCAAAACCAGUCCCUGCUUUCCCUUCAUGUACAUCGCCAGUAAGAAUCUGCUAUGAUUUCUCUUCUCUCUUCCUUCCUUUCCCUUCCUGCAAGCAUGACUCGCGGGACGGCGCGGGGGUGCGCCCGCUAGCCACGGAAGGUCAAAACUUGGUGGGUCACUUUAUUUUCCAUCCCUCUUCGAUUUCUCCACCAGCGGCUGGUCUGACUAGAUUAUCCUGGGAGUGAAAUUCGAGGGUGGUGGGGAGUGGUGGGGGGAACAAGUGUCUUGGGAGAGCUUCGUAAUCCUGUUGGGAAGCAGGGUUUGGAUUCUGUCUGGCAAGGGCUGGCAGAAGCCGAGGUCGUUGGGGUCGGUUUUGGGUUGAGUUUCCCUCACUGCUUCCUCCCUCCCGCUAAAAGGACAAGCCUGAUCUUUCGAGCAACCAGUGCAGAAGGCCAAGUGCAGGGCACUGGUUCUGACCCAUCUGCAUCUGGUUGAAAGGUACAGCUGUACCCCGGGGGCCAGGCUGGAGGAGACAGCGGGGAAUGACAACCCACCUUGCUGUAGGAGGAAGAGGACUCGCCCCUCCUAGGGUGUUACUGUGCUGGCUCCGUGCAUUGUAUGUGCUAUUAAGGAAGGCGAGAAAACCCGUGUAGCAGUUACCCCUGCAGAUGGCGAUCCGGCCCUAGCUUGGGUGAGGGCGCGUGUAAAGCGCUGGGCUGUCCGAAUGUCGCAGGGAUGCGGGGGCCAACUGCGGGGUGAAAAGCAGGGCCGGCGUGACUCGCCACCUCUGUUCUGUGCAAUGAUCGAGUUUCAGGGCUUUCAACCCCAGGGUCACCAACCCCUGGGACGGGGGUCUCAGCUAGGAGGGAGCGGGUUCUGGUAUGGAAAAUCUGGGGGAUGCCUGUGCAUGAGCAGCCGUGCCAAAGAUCGCACUGCACUCCCCGUGCAUUGAAGCGGGAGGUUCGAUUCCAGCCAGGCUGUGAUGGGGCUGGCCAUGCCGGUCCUGGCUGUCCAGCCUGUAAAGAAGCCCUUCCCAGACUGCAAAAGAACGGGAGCAGUAGGCAUUCAGGACUGAGCUGCGCCAACCCCAGGGAAGCCCACAGUCAUCUUGUCCUCCUCCCCCACCACAAACGCUCCCCAGCUCCUCUCCCUGCCCUGCAGCUCCCAGGGGCCUGCCAGCUUGGCCAAAGCCUCCCUUUAUUCCUGCCACCCAGCCCACACUGUCUCCCGGCCCGGGGACUCACCUGGGUUCACAGACGCCAAGCCAGGGCCCCUCCAUUGCAGCCCGGUGCCUUACAGAGCAGAGCAGAGAAAGAAAAUCCAGGGGGAAGCAUGCAGGGCCAAGACCCAGAGGCCUCACUAGAUUCAGCCUGACUAAGGACUGGGGCAGACCAGCAUAUUAGCCUUCAGUCUCUAUCUGGCCUAUAGCGCCCAGGGACAGCAGCUCCCGGUCACCGCGUUCCAGGAAUCACCCUCCUUUGUCAGUCUCUGUCGCACUCGCCUGCUGGGAAAGCAAAGCCCUGGAAGGGAAGGAAGGGCAAAUGGAAGGUUGCCGUGGUGAUGGCGGUGGUGGGGUUUCUGGCUCCUGGCUCGGGGCCUGCCAGUCGUCACCCUGAGCCUCAUGCAGCCCGUUACAGCACAGCGAGCGUGGAACGUGGCUGUUCUCAUGCGGUGGUGCUCCAACCCUGGUGGAAGAGAUGGGCCGGGGGGGGGGGGGGGUGAUGGAGGAUCAGACUGCUCUGUUCAGACCACGGCAGUGACAGUAACAGCUGCACCGGCUCCUGCCUGCCGGCCUCCCUGCUCUCCUCAGCAGAGGGGGAAACAGAGGCACAGGGAACCCCGUGGCAUAACUAAAGCUCCCAGCUCUUCCUCUCAGCAGAGACAGACCCCAGACAUGAGUGUGGGUCUGCCCUUCCCCCAGCUGAAUUCCUGCUCUCGGAGGUGCGGGUGGGAGGGGCAGAUGAGCGAUUGCAUUACAAGAGCCCCCUCCUCUAUGGCAGGAAGGACCUUUCAUCCUUCACAAUACAGCAUGCACAGUGCCCUGUCUGAGCCGUCCUUGGGCAGACACCGCAUAGGGCAUCCAAAAAUCUGGGGCCCCACCGGGACAGCAGGUAAGAGCGGGGCAGCUUCUCCACACCCAGCACGCUGCCAUCUCCUUAGGCAGGGACCGUAUUCCCAGGGCCGGAUGUGCUGGCAUGGCACAUUCUGUGUGAGGGAGAAGGUACGGUACGGGGGGGUCUCUGUGGGGAACUGUCUGUCUGCGGCCAUGAGGCGGGCCAGCUGGCUCAGUAUCCUGUCCUGCCACAUCCCCCCUCCCCCUGUUGGGCCGCCACAGGGUCUGCUACGUACAGAGCUCGGGGUGUGUCAACAAUGCCGGGGAGGGGUUCUUCUGGGGGCCCCAGUUUAACAAUACUGUCUGGGGCCCCAUAAAUCUGAAGGGCUGUGGUCGUGGGGAAUGCCCUCAGACUCAUGCUCUGUUAGAGGGAGGUGCCCUCUCUUCCCCCUUCUUCCCCCCAAAGCACAGUCGGUUCUAUCUGCCCUGAGGCCCGUAAGGCUGGGGAGGAGAGAGUUCUCCCACGCGGCUUGGGGUCCUGCCCUGGGAAAACGGGUAGGCCAGACUCACUGCCCUGUAGGGUCAAGGAAAAAACUCAGUGCUGCCUUCUCACAUUGCCCCUCCUUUGCAACCGGGGAGCCCCCUGCACUGUGAAACCCUUCCAGGGGGGACCCUCUUUUCUUGCCACCCCAUGAUUGUACCAGCUCUUGCUCCCUGCCCCCUCAGCCAUCUCAGAGAGACCCUGGUUCAGACAGGAACAGGACAGGAAAGAUCCCAAGAACAGUGGCUAAAGUGGCCACAAGGGAGGGUGCAGGGACACCUGCCACAACCUAGCUGGCCAGAUGGCUAGGAGAAGGAAUGUUUUUUAUGAGCAUACAGGGGGAGCUCCAUGGUUUGAGCAUUGGCCUGCUAAACCCACGGUUGUGAGCUCAGUUCUUGAGGGGGGCCAUUUAGGGAUCUGGGGCAAAUCUGUUAGGGAUGGCACUUGGUCCUGCUGUGAGGACUGGACUUGAUGACCUCUCAAGAUCCCUUCCAGUUCUAUGAAAUGGCAUAACUCCAUAUAUUAUAUUAUACAGCACCUAGUACUGUGGAGGCCCCCAUCCCAGACUGGAUCCCUCAGGUGCUCCUGAAUAGUUAAUUUCAGGCCCGGGGGAUGUCCUGCCUGGAGCAAGCUGGGAUAUCUCCUGGCAGCACCUGGGACAAGUAGGAUGUGAUGGGAGAUUCCAUAACCAUGCUGGGUUGGGUGGGCAGAGGGAGAAAAGCUUAAUUCUACCAAGAACAAUGCGCCAGUCACCUGGGGUCUGUAUAUCCCCCCCUUUGGAUGGGAUGGGAUGGGAUCCAUUGCACGACCUGGUGCUAAAACCUCCCCUGGCUUCUAUUGUACACCUGUCCUGUUGGAAGGGUUUAGAAGAAUCAUAUUAUGGCCCCAGAUUACUUGACUAAAAGAGAUGUUUAAAGGGGGACUCCAAUGAAUAUAUCCUGGAACAGAGACUCAUGAAAAAACACCCUGCGGCAAGAGACCUGGCCCAGCUGGGAGAGGCAGGAGUGUCCUUGCUCAGCAUCCAGUGCUCUGAAUGCUGCGGUCACUGUCCUGGCCAGGAAAGCAAGCAUCAGCUCGGUUCACCCGUUCUCUGCCUCCGUCCACACUUUAGUUCUUAGCAAUGUGCCUGGAAGGGGAAGCCCUUCCACUUGUAAGUUCUGUAAGACAAACAAUACUGUACAGUGACCGUGACACGUGGUUUCAUUUUUAUUGUAACAAACUUAGCCGUAUUGUAAUAAAGACGAUUCUUUGAUUA